AUGGCCUCUUCCGUUGUCUGUUGGGGUUGCUUUUCAAAGCUCCGUCCAGCUCCCUGUCUGCUUCACCCGCCUUUCGUUCCCCGAAUUGCUUUUUUCCACACCACGGCUCCACUCUUUGCAUUGCCUGUCAAAAAGAAGUCGAACCGCAUGGAUACAGGUCCCAAAUUUCGCGAGUCUCGGUCGGCUCGUAUUAAAAAGAAGGUGAAGCGUGAGAAGCCUCGCACUCCUCUCCCUGGCGAACGGAGGGCCUUGAGGGAACGCAUUGUUCUCAGUAAUACCAAUGCCCUUGAGGUCCCAGAUAUGCAGGAUAUGUCCGUGGAAAAUAUGGGGAAUGCUGAAAUGCGCGGCCACAUCGUUGGUUUGCCAAUGUCGUUGGUAGAUAGGUUGAGAGGAGCUCGCUCUUUCAAAACCACCCAGGGCUGGAACUUGUUUAGGAGGCCAGGGACUCUGGUUAGGAGUGAAACAGUUGAGUUGGGUAAAUUGAUUAAUGAUAUUGGAGAGAGCGAGGGCGAGAUGAAAGGUAAAACUGUGAAGAGAAUUAUCACGGGUGAGAAGGGAGUUGGUAAAAGCAUUCACUUAACACAAGCAAUGACAAUGGCCCUUUUGAAAGACUGGGUUGUCGUCACCGUUCCUGAAGCUCAGGACCUCACAAUUGGACAUUCUGCCUACUCCCCGACCAAUACAGAGCCAGUGCAAUAUGUGCAAAACGAUGUAGUUGCUAAGUUGCUUCAGCGCAUUGUUACAGCCAAUGCACCUGUACUUUCCAAACUUCAUAUAUCACAGAAACACCCCCAUUUGAAGGCGCCAAUUCGUCCUGAGAUGUCUUUGUCGCAUUUAGCCAACAUAGGUAUUGAUGAUACUGCGUAUGCCUGGUCGAUAUUUCAGGCUCUCUGGUCCGAGUUGACAGCAACGAAAGCGACAACCGAUGCUGAGAAACAGAAGCCUUUCACUCCACGCCCACCAAUGUUGGUCACAGUCGAUGGUCUUUCACAUUGGAUGAUGAACUCUAAAUACCGAAACGCCGAAUAUGAGGUUAUUCAUGCUCAUGAUCUUGCAUUGGUCAAUCAUUUCCUUUCAUUAUUGUCGUCAAAUCGACCUUCUUCAGCUCUGCCCAACGGAGGGCUCCUCCUCUACUCCACAUCUGCCUCCAAUACACCAACCAUUUACACGUUCGAAGUUUUGCUUAAACAACUCGCAGCCCGGACUGCUGGUUUUUCCACUGACUCACCCAAGUUCCCAGCUGCUGACCCAUACCGUCGCCCUGAUCCACGAGUCCUUGCGCUGUUUAACGAUGCUAAGGAUCUGACUACUCAAAUGCUCGUCGGCUUGAGCAAAAAAGAUUCAAAGGUAUUACUGGAGUACUUUGCGCUCAGCGGUAUUUUAAGAGAAAAAGUCACAGAAGAGUUUGUUAGUGAGAAGUGGACUUUGUCUGGCAAGGGUAUCGUCGGGGAGCUGGAGAAGUUGGGCAGGAGGGUUAUAGUGCCACCUCCAAUUCCUGUGCUGGCGAAAAGCUAA